UGAUUCUGAAGCCAGACCAAAGAAACACGCAUAGCAAAUUCAACAUAUGCUUUAUUUCAGUGUUCAAACGCGCCCAUGUGUAUGUUGGUGAUCAAUGUCUUCUCACAUUUCUCACUCCUGUAGUUUGUUUUUGUUUAUGUUUCGUCUGGCAAAAAUUUAUAUCCGAUCAGUCUCAAACCAUAGAUAAUCUCUAGUAUCCAGAACGUUUGUGUUCGGCCAAAUAUGAAUAUAGAGAUUUAACAUCUAACAAUCAAACGGGAUAAAAUUGUAUAUAAAAUUAUCAGUCCAGCGUGGCAGGGAUCACUUUUGCAACGCAAGGUGACAGUGAAGUACGUCCGAGUUCUGCUGGAAGAUUAAAUUCAAGGUGGGAUAACAUGGCAACACUGAGCUACUACGUUCUUCUCAUUUGCUUCGUGGCAACAACAUCAUUUGCGAGUCUUUGUCCUGGAAAUGGAACAUAUGAAGCGUUGGAUCCAACAAAGCUGAGCAAAAUGAGUUAUCCCUUAUACGACGUGAUUGAUAUACCUGCUGCGAUAAGUCAUGUUGAUUGCUGGGAUAUCAAGGAGAUUACUGGAAACAAUGAUGAAAUUGUUCUCACAUUCACCCAACAAGUGGAAGGCCGUCCAGCAGAAGACUCGUUCGACGUGGAUGUAUAUUUUGUACAUAAUGGAGACGGAACGUAUAAGGUCAAUUCUAAAAACAAACAAGAAGUGAUAGAAGCUUCUCAAGAAUCUGUGAAACACAAAGCCGAUGAAAAAAUGCUGCAAGAAGUAGAAGAUGCUCUUCAUAAACUAUAUGCAUCGACUUAUUUCUUCCUGACUGAUUACAAUAAAUAUUUCAUCUUGAGUACAUGUGCUCCAGGAAAUCGUCUAAUCGGACUUGUGAAACACAUAAGAAUGCGUCCUAGCGGUAAAGACGUUGUGGAUAUUUGGAACGAAUAUGCAAAAUAUGGGGAAUCAACAACAGCAGAAUGGGAAGAAUAUUGUACAAGCAGAAAAGAAACAAAGCAAAGCAUUGGGCAAAAAUAAUCUGGUCUUUUUGGGCCCUGUGUAAUUUAUAUUACAGUUAUAUGGAUUCCAGUCAUUGAACGUUUCUCAAUGUUUAAUUUAAUUUGUAUUCAAGUGAUAUAAAAUACAUGAUAAGC